AUGGGUCAGAAGAAGAAACUAACAUUGAAGCCGGUGGCGGUUUCCGAUGAGAUGACGGCGGAAGACCUCCCUUCGAUCCAAGAAGUGGAGCCUGAGUUGACUACUGUUGAAGAGUUUCAUGAACCUUGUGCCGAUUUAGAGAUGGAUCGUGGAGCUGAGGAGAUGUAUGAUGGGAAUAUGAAUCGUACUUCGUCCAAAGCAGGGAACUGUGCUGAGGAGGUCGAGGGAGCCGAUUUUCAGAGCUCUGUGAAGGAAAUUUGGAGUAAGUUCAAAUCGAAUCAGGUUCUAACCCCUCCUACCCGUCUGGAUUUUACUGAACCUCUGAAAGUUGGUGAACAAAUUGUUUCUCGUCUGGAUAUGGAGGAGGUGGAGAUUGAAGCCUCAUUCUGGAAAAACUCUAUAGUUUGUAUUGUGCUUGGUGCUAACCCACCCUUUAGAGUUUUUGAAGGUUUUGUCAAAAGAGUCUGGGGGAACCUAGGGGUUGAUAAGAUAGUAAGAAUGCACUCUGGUUUCACAUUGGUAAAUUUCAUGGAUGAAGCUACACGGGACCUAAUACUGGAAACGGGAGUCAUUCACUUUGACAAGAAACCAAUUGUCCUUUGUCCUUGGACAACAGACAUGGAUUCUGUGAGAAUGGUUAAGUCUGUCCCGGUGUGGAUUCGGUUGAAUGGUUUGGGAUUGCAAUAUUGGGGAAAAAAUAGUCUUAGUGCUCUGGUGAGUACAAUUGGCAAACCAAUAAUGGUGGACAAGGUGACCCAGAGUAGAGAGAUGGUGAAAUAUGCUCGGGUUUUGGUGGAUAUGGAGAUUUCGGAUUACCCUCCUAAAAGUAUUGCUUAUAUCAAUGAACGGGGGCAGUUAGUGGAACAAUCGGUUGAGUAUGAAUGGCUCCCUUCUAAAUGUGCUGUUUGUGCUCAGUUAGGGCAUAUAGUGGCUAAUUGUAACAAGGAAAAAGGAGUGGUUUGGAAGAAGAAAACCUCUGUUGAGAAAGGAGAGAAGUCAGAACAGGAAAUUAAUGGUUCUGAGAUAGUUCAAAAGCAUCAAACUGAGGCUACUAAACCAGAAAACAGAGUGCAAAAUUCUACAAGUAUUGAUGCAGACGAGCGGGGUAAGAGCAUGUAUAAGGACAUUGAGUCAAAGGAGAGUACUGAUCAGGGUAUUCACAUAUCAUCACAGCUAGUUGGAUUACUCCCAAAAGAAGAGGGCCAAGGGCAGUGGCUGCUCCUAACAAGGCAGUAG